AGUAAGAUUUGGUUAAAUUUUAUUCAAUAUCGCCUUCGAAUUUGGUUUUGCUCAGAAUUCACUUUCUCGGGUUUUAACCGGGAGAUUUGUGAUCGAUCAAUCUUUACUGGGUUUUUGCAGAAGUAUUUGAACUGGAGAAAACAACAAUUCAAUGGAGUGUGUAGUUCAAGGAAUCAUCGAGACACAACAUGUUGAAGCUCUUGAGAUUCUUCUUCAAGGUCUAUGUGGUGUUCAACGCGAACGUUUGAGAGUUCAUGAGCUGUGUUUAAAAAGUGGCCCAAGUCUUGGAGUUGUGUCCUCUGAAGUUAGGCUUUUAUGUGAUCUUGAUCAACCAGAGCCCACAUGGACUGUUAAACAUGUUGGAGGUGCAAUGAGAGGUCCUGGAGCUGAUCAAAUCUCUGUUAUGGUAAGAACUAUGGUUGAAAGUAAAGUAAGCAAGAACGCCUUGCGUAUGUUCAAUGCACUCGGUUACAAACUAGACCAUGAGCUUCUCAAAGUCGGAUUCGCCUUUCAUUUCCAACGGACCGCCAACAUAAGUGUCUCUGUGUCUUCGGUUAAUAAGAUGCUCAAAGUUCAUGCUAUAGAUGAGGCAGUUCCUGUUACACCUGGGAUGCAGAUUGUUGAUGUGACAGCUCCUGCAACACCUGCGAAUUACAGCGAAGUCUCUGCUGCAGUCUCAUCUCUCUGCGAAUUUCUCGCCCCGCUUGUUCACUUGUCGAAACCAUUUAACUCCACGGGAGUUGUGCCAACCGCUGCUGCAGCUGCCGCAUCUCUUAUGUCGGAUGGAGGAGUCACUGCGACCUUCUUCUUCACUUUCAUUCGAAAUAAUCGAAUCCAUCCAUACACACAACAACAAAUCGAAACUGAAUUAUGUCAGCGUACGAGUAUCCGAGGUUAUCUCGUCUGAAGAGAAAGGGCAAGUCGAUUUUGAGUUUAUGCAGCAAUUGGAGAAUCCAGAUCAUCACGUCACCACAAUGCAAUACUCGGAUCUCUAUUGCAGAGUGAAAGACAUGCUAGAUAGUGUGGAUUGUCCAUUACAGAUGAAUUACAAGGAUCUGAUACGCCCCGAACCAUCCCGGACCGAGUUUUUCAUCAGUUCACUUAUGAACUUUGCUCUACACAGAGAUUCAAAAAUGAAUAAAAUAAAAGAAAAGGCUGAGGAGUUGACUCUCCUUGACGAGGAGCGUAAGCAGUCGGAGGCAACGAUUGCCCAG